UACCCGUACCAUAUAAACCUGUGGGACCCAUUCCUCUCCUUCCUCAGAUUGUUGCGACUGCUGACGUCAUCCACAAGACGCCAUUUCUGGAACCCAACUUUUUGGUCGCCGGAAGAACGAGUGGCUCAGGACUGAAGUGCUCCAAUCGCGCUCGAAUUCGAGCUCGACUCGGCAUCCAUGGCCGCCGCCUCCGCUUCCGCUUCCGCUGCCGCUCUCGCUCUCGCUCCGGCGGCCAUUCACUUCCCUUCCGCGGUCGCCGCGAGGACCGCCAAGCCCGCACUCUCCGUUCUAGUAUUGCCUGCUCGCCGGGUCGGUGCCGGUGUAGGGGUUUCGUGCGCUGCUCGCGUGGCUAUUUCGAGCGACGGGCGGAGUGCGGGCGGGUUUGAUCCGGAGUUGCGAUCGGUGCUUGAACUGGCCACGGACUCCGAGCUGUAUGAGCUCGAGAGAAUCCUUUUCGGCCCGAGCUACUUCAGUCCAUUGUUGAAAUCGAUAACGAAUAGGGCAGAUGUGGACUAUGCGAUGAUUGGAGAAGAUCUUGAAGAGAGGGAGGAUUUUCUGGCAGCUCUCGAGUCACGUUUCCUGUAUCUUGCAGCGGAUGCUCGUUCUGUGUUAAGAGGUUGGAGGCCCUCGUACAGGAGUGUCUUGCUUUCUGUGAGGAAAAAGUUGAACAUUCCUUGCUCAACUAAACUUUCAACCGAGGACCUGGAAGCUGAAAUCUUUCUACAUCUGUUGCAAGAAUACUUGAUUGAAGAAUCUAGAACUUCUCUGCCCAUGUGGGAAUCCUCUGCAAAUUCUGAUGUGCAAGAUAGCCUAGAACUUGGAUUUGAUGAACAGAAGGUCCAAGCUUUUGCAGCUUCAAAAUUCGGGGCAAGAGAACUCCGUUCGCUGAUUUUUAAGGGGGGAGGUUUGAUUACUUUGGCAAAGAUUUAUCAGCUGAUUGCAAGAAGAUUAUCGGGGAAAGUCCUCUUAGAAGCUGCUAACUAUCAGAUAAGAAAGGAAGUUAUCAAGAAAGGUGGACAGUUGGCUGCUAUAAAUCUUGAAUCUCGUGCGGCCUUGCUUGCUGCAAAGAAGGGUUUUGCCGGUGCCGCAUCAAGAUAUCUGGGUUUGAGGAGCAUGAUGUCUUUGCUUGGUCCAAUGCUGUGGGGAACUUUUCUUGCUGAUAUGGUCAUUCAAAUGCUCGGGACUGAUUAUGCUAGAAUUUUGCAAGCAAUUUUCGCCUUUGCACAGUGAUGAUGGCUGGGGCACUAAGAAUGAUGUGCAUAUUGUUUGAGAAAGGUUCUGAUGAAUAGGGCUUGAGAUUCGAUCUGUUCAGCAGGUUUUUUUAUCUACGGUUCUUUGAAGGAACCCUGUAAUUGUUAUGUCAAGGGCCUACAUGGAAUUACUUGUUUGCUAUAUGAGUUACUUGCUUUUUGUUUGCCUGUGGACAUCGGUAUACUUUUCUUGUGCAAAAACCUGUUUGUUAAACUCUAGUUGCAUAUUCAUGUUGGCCAAGUUUGCCUUUCCUUUUUAUUGGAAGAUAAUGCGGCAGUUUUACCGUGCUAACUUAAUGAAGUUAGUAUUAUGCACCAGUGGAGCUGAUCUCUCUAGUAAUUGUGAAUUCUGAGUUGCAUCCGGAUAGAAGUUACUUUGAUGGCUA